UAGUUUCUUAUAUUGUGUUGUUUGUUUGCUUCUUAUUGUUUACUUCACUUGUAUCUUGUUUUUUCCAAGCAGGUUUUGGAUCGGGGGCGUUCUUUCUUAUCCUCACCGGUUUUUCACGGUGCAACACUGCUCUGUCCGUGACGUUCUUGACCCUAGCCAUGGGUGGGGUCGGCAUUUGUUUCUCCGGUCACUUCGUGGCCUUACUGGACAUCGCAGGUCCCUUUGCUGGUUCGGCUAUGGGAAUGAUGAACACGGCCGGUACCCUAGGCGGCAUUAUCGGGCCCUACAUCGUCGGCGUCUUGACUGAAAUACAGUCCAACAUUACAGGUUGGCAGAAGGUGAUGUGGAUCAUAGCAGGUUUCUACGGAUUCGGGGGUUUGACCUUUAUCAUCUUCGGCACAGUCGAGCUUCAACAUUGGGCUAAACAAGACUACCAACCAAUCCCAGGCAGUGACGAAUAAGCGAGUUUUUGUGAAAACUAAUAAUGUGAAAGGACUUGCGUAUUUUGCAAUGUAUUCAUACAUCCAAGUGUAGAACUAAGUUUGAAAAAGAAGUAGUAAGAGUAAAUGAAACACAAUCUUGGAAAACCGGAAAUAAUAUUGUGUGGUAAUGUCCAGCACUGUUCGGUAAUAAUUUCCAUAAGAUUUUCUAUAAAAGAAGUCCACUGGCUCGUAUUCUCCAACUAAUUAUUCCAAAGCGUUUCUGCCUGCCAAGUUACCUCGUCGAUUGGAAAAUUUUCUUACUCUUUUGAAGGACAGAUGAUGUCAAAAGAUGAAUGAGAUCUGGAACAUUUUUUAGGGUAGAACCUAGCAGGUCUGAAAAAUCGUUUUAAAUAAUAUUUAGAAAUGUAUGAAAUAUAUUUAUAUUUUUAAUAGAAAAAUAUGAGACGUAUUAUGCAGCACUGCAAAUCAACAGGAAUCAACUUAUAU